CUUUCACCCCAUGUGAAGACAAAAUGGCCGCGUACGUGUUGAACAUAUCCAAAAUAUUUUCUCGUGAAUUAAUUUCAGCUUCAUUCCAGUUUCAUCGAUAUCGGUCCUGCCUGCAGAGGCUGCCUGCGGUGAAGCCGAACCUCCUCUCUGCUCUCCUCACACACCAGUUCGGGAGUUCAGCACCAUGUUGGCAGGAGUUUGAGGUCCAUGCGCUACAGACUGCGGAUCGGUACAAACAAACACCCUGGGUUUACCUGGACAGCGAAGAGUAUAUUGAGCGGUACGGCAGCAGUGCGGUGUGGGCAGGCUACAGGAGGAACCAUAAGGGAGGCAUCCCGCCUCAGAAGACACGCAAGACUUGCAUUAGAGGAGACAAGAUAUGUGGGAACCCCUGUCCAAUUUGUAGAGACCCUAACAUUAUCAUCAACCAUCAGAAUGUGAAAUUACUCGAGCAGUUUAUCAGCCCACACACUGGAAUGGUCUAUGAUCCCACUCUGACUGGUGUGUGUAUGAAACAACAGAAAAAGCUGAAUGAAGCUAUCGACAAAGCAAGAGAUGACGGUUUACUUCCUUUUCAGAUUCCACAUGUGGAUUUUUCAGGAGAGGAUUACUCCAACACUCAUGAUGCUGUUGGGCUCACAUCACCUCCACCAUUCCUUGGCCCUAGUGAACCCUGGUAUAAAUGGUACGGAGAAAUAACGCCUGAUGACAAGAAAGUGGAUCAAGUCAAGAAGAUAUACAAGGCUUAUUUAAAACACUAGAGUUGUGAAAAAUGCUUAAAACAAGCCUGAACAUUCUACUGAAGUUCAUAACUUUUAAAUAAAUGAAACGACAAAAAUGCAA